GGAUGAGAGGAUAGAAGCCGCCCCGCCUUUCAUACAACACAACGUCGCAGUCACUAAUUAGUAGGCUAACAAUUAACGAUAGUCGCUUUGAGUACAAGAAGUAGGCUAACUUUUAAAUCUGUUAGGUUGUUAUUUUUUGUUGGUUUUUAUGUUUUUACAUGUGAUGUGGCGCGUGACAGAAAGGACGGGCGAGCAGCAACCUGUCAACUACAAUUUGAGAUUUGGAAGGUUGUAACAGUAGUAUAUCCCUGCAGCAGCCAAGUUACGCGUAGAAUAGCGUUAUUCAGCCGAGGCUCUACGAGGACUACAGCACAUCUCUCUGGAGAGUCUCUUCGCUUCCAAAAAAACCAAACAAGAAUGAACAGGAGAAACUGAGGGAUUUUGGACUGCACACCAAAUAGCAGAAAACUUACUUCUUCAGAGCAAAGGAAGUGACUACAAUUGGACCACCUUUACAAGAAAGGGUCUUUGCCAUUAUGUGUAGCAUCUCAAGUGUUGUGGCUCUGCUGUGAUAAAUGUCAGCCUGUCCUGAUAUUUGUAUGGGUCUUUCUUCUCAACCAAAGAUCUCCCUUGGCGGACUGAACAAACGAGUCCACUCUAACAGAGCUACGCCUGUCCUCACUCUAUUUGUGGUCUGACGGCACUCACCGGCAUCAAAGCUCUUCGUUCUUCUUGCUGUCUCAUCCUUCUGCUUCUGUUAGAGUGGGGGAUGUCUGUUUUCUAACACCUCUCAGCCUGCUUAUCUACUAGAUCUGUACGACCGCGACCAACACUGGACAUGGAGGAGUAUGAUGUUCGCUCGGCCGCCAGCAUCCUGGCCUCAGUGAAAGAGCAGGAGGCGCGCUUUGAGCAGCUGACCCGAGCCCUUGAGGAGGAGCGGCGCAACGUCACGCUGCAGCUAGAGCGCGCCAACCUGCCUCCCAACCCCCCUACCAGCCAACCGCUAGCAUGGCAGCAGGUGGUGAUGCAGGAGCAGAGCCCCAGCAACGCCACAACCCUGGCUAUGAUGCAGGAGCCGCAGGAGGUGGUGGAGGAGACGGUCACCAUAGAGGAGGACCCCGGCACCCCCACCUCCCACGUCUCUGUGGUCACCUCUGAUGACGGCACCACACGGCGCACAGAAACCAAGGAUAUCUCAUCUAACGUGAAGGUGACUAAGAUGGUGAAGACGGUGACCACGCGGACAGUGCGCCAGGUGCCCCUGGGCCCCGAUGGCUUGCCCCUGCCCGAGGGCUCGUCUCCACUAGGCAACUACACCGACUCCAUUGACCGGCGCUACAUGAAGAAUGGAGGCUUCAUCACGCCUCAAGCAACCUCCACCCUGACGCGCUCCUACAACAACUCCUACAACGAUUCAUACGGCGAGACCCCCGAGAGCCAGUACGUCCGCCACUACGGCCUGCACGAUGGCUACGCCGAUUUGACGGACAACUACGGCAGCCUGUCACGUGGCGUCAACUUCCGGCCACCGCGCUACCCCUACCUGCCCAACAGCUACCGGCCGGAGAACAGCUACACGCUGCCUAUUCGUAAGGAUGACUACGGCCAUGUGGCCCAGCCCCAGGUGCCUAUGGGUAACAGCACUGUGGAUCUGAACCGCUCGCAGCCCGAGCGCUUCCAGCCCGAGCCAUAUGGCCUGGAGGAUGAUCGCCGCAGCUUGGGCCCUGAAGAGGAGGAGCCGUACGAGCUGGAGCCCGACUACUCCACCGCAAACCGCCGCACCCUGCAGGGGGCCAACCGGGGUCGCACCCACCGGGAACCUCUUCGUGAUGUGCCCCGAGUCAGAGGGUACCCAGACGAAGCCAUCGAGGCAGAGCUGAUCGAUGAGCGCCACCCCUACAUCCAUGGCAUGUAUUCAGCGCCGCUGGCCCAGCCCGAGAGGGGGAGCAUGGCCAGUCUGGACCGCAUGGGCGGCCGGCGCUCGCCGUCCAUCGACAGCAUCCGCAAAGACCCGCGCUGGCGUGACCCAGACCUCCCCGAGGUGAUCGCCAUGCUGGGCCACCCCAUUGACCCGGUCAAGUCCAACGCCGCCGCCUACCUGCAGCACCUGUGCUACGAAAAUGACAAGAUUAAGAAGGAUGUGCGUCAGCUGAAGGGCAUUCCUGUUCUGGUGGGGCUUCUGGACCACCCCAAAUCCGAAGUCCACCGCAAGGCUUGCGGCGCCCUGCGCAACAUCUCCUACGGCAAGGACAACGACAACAAGGUGGCCAUCAAGAACUGUGACGGCAUCCCGGCCCUCGUGCGCCUGCUGAGGAAGACCAAUGACAUGGAGGUUCGAGAGCUCAUCACCGGAACCUUGUGGAACCUGUCGUCCUACGAACCCCUGAAGAUGGUGAUCAUCAACCACGGCCUGCAGACCCUGACCAACGAGGUCAUCAUCCCCCACUCGGGGUGGGAGCACGAGCCAAACGAGGACUCUAAGCCCCGCGACGCCGAGUGGACCACCGUCUUCAAGAACACCUCCGGCUGCCUCAGAAAUGUGAGCUCAGACGGGGCAGAGGCUCGCCGCAGACUGAGGGAAUGCGAGGGAUUGGUGGACGCCCUGCUGCACGCGCUCCAAUCAGCUGUAGGGAAGAAAGACAUGGACAAUAAGUCUGUGGAGAACUGUGUUUGUAUUAUGAGGAACCUGUCCUACCACGUCCACAAAGAGGUGCCAGGGGCCGAAAAGUUCCAGGACCCCUCGGCGCUGCAGGCACCUGGCUCGGCAGGACCACAGAGGAAGAAAAAGGACGACGCCGGCUGCUUCGGAGGCAAGAAGGCCAAAGAGGAAUGGUUUAAUCAAGGCAGGAAAAACGGUGACAACGACAAAAACUACGACACAUUGGAUCUGCCCAAGCGCUCCGAGCCGACAAAAGGCUUUGAGCUGCUGUAUCAGCCAGAAGUGGUGAGGCUCUACCUAUCUCUGCUGACUGAGAGCCAGAACUACAACACCCUGGAGGCCGCUGCCGGGGCUCUGCAAAACCUCAGCGCUGGACAGUGGACCUGGUCCAACUACAUCCGAGCCACGGUGCGUAAGGAGAAAGGUCUUCCCAUCCUGGUGGAGCUGCUGCGCUCCGACUCGGACAAGGUGGUCCGAGCUGUGUCCAUCGCCCUGCGCAACCUGUCCAUCGACCGCCGCAACAAGGACCUGAUCGGAAGUUAUGCCAUGCGGGACUUGGUGAGCAACCUGCCCAGCGGUCAACAGCGGCCAGCCAAAAACCUGGAGGAGGACACUGUGGUGGCCAUCCUCAACACCAUCCACGAGAUUGUCACAGACAGCUCUGAAAACGCCCGCUCUCUCGCCCAGGCUCAGGCCAUUGAGAAGCUGGUCGCCAUCAACAGGACCAGCCAAUCAGCUCGCGAAACCAAGGCGGCAUCCCACGUGCUGCAGACGGUCUGGAGUUAUAAGGAGCUGAGGAACGCGUUGACCAAGGACGGCUGGAACAAAAGCCACUUCCAGCCCACAGUGACAGCCACCCCUAAAGCAACCAAGAACGGCAAGCCAGGCUACGACGACACCACUCUACCCCUGAUGGAGAAGAACCAGGAUGGUUACUCCACCAUUGACCAGAAGGACAAGGACUGCAAAUACAAGACAGUGGACAGCUCAGUGGACCAGACAGAACGGGAGCCAUUAAAGAAUGACACAAAUAGGAAACACUAUAUCAGGAGUAACAGGCCUGCGGUCAGUCUGGUGGACGCUUGUGAUGUUAAGCCCCAGCCUGUUGACUCCUGGGUCUAAAUGCAUGCAUGGCUUAAAGUAACACCAUCCCAGCUAGAGGACGACCUCUCAUAUCACCACUGCCAUUUCAUACGGAGCUCAUCUUUGGAGUUGGACUUUGUACAGAAAAGAGGAUUUUAAAAAUAAAUAAAAAUAAAGAUCACGGCAGCAACUACCCAGCAGCAGCCAACAUUCUCAUGCUUUUCAGAAGAAGAACAAAAAAAAAGGAAGAAAAAAAAAACUACUCCUGCUACUUUUUCAUAACUACAUUCCCACUGGACAUCAUGUGAAUUUUUACAGUGUUGACUCUUGUUGAGCUCUACCGGUUCCCCGAAGCGGACCGAGGCCGGUGCUGGUGAAGGAAUGGAGGACGUAUGGAGGGCGAUCAGAUGCGAGGGGAAGGAAGGUAAUAGAAGAAAGGAACGUGUUGGAAGGAAAGCUGUGGGAAAAGAGAUGCAAAAUGAAUGUUUUUCAUUUCCGUUUUCACAUCUGGAAGAAGUUCAUGCCUGAACUUUGUGUUUUUUUGGUUUUUUUUUGAGAAUUUGACUUACAGUUUGUUGUCGAGCUUUGGUAUUUUGAUGUGAAACAGGUAUGGACCGGUGUGUUAAGAGGGUCACGGAACGUUUGUUUUCAGAUUGGUGGGAUGGACACAAGAAAGUAAAAAGAGAGAAGGAGAGAAAGCGAGCCCAGGAGGAGCUGUAGCAUUGUGGGUAAACAUGGACACUCAGCAGUCUGCUCUCAUAGACGUAUAUUUGGUUCACUGUGUUUUAUUUCGAGAGAGAGAAAAAAUGCACUGAGAUGCUUUGAAAUCAAAAGUGGUGAACAAGGAAUUGAGACUAAAGUGAGGGGUCUGCACGUUGUGGUCUGGAGAAGGGAAAGUGACAUAGUGUGUACAUCGGACGGAGUAACGCUCUGUGUUCACGCCGCAUCGCAAAAGCAAGCUGAAACGGAAACAGCCGUUUCAUCGUGGUCAACGUGUUGACCCUCACUCACAGAGCUGUGGUUACUAGGGUAACCACUUAGGUUGUGUAAGCGACGCAGUUUGGCGAGUUUCCUGGCUGAUUGCUCUUCGUCAGUGAUGUGUAUUAAAGAGGAUUUACGGCAUUUUGUUUAUAAAUGAUGUGUUUGUUUUUUUAAAAGAGAGGUGUAAGAUUGUUCUCUUGUUGAAGGGAUAGAUCUAAAAGCAUUUUUUUUGGGGGGUUAUAUAAAUGUAUAUUGGGGUCAAAAAGGAAAAAGAAAAUGGUAAAAUGAAGUAGAAAAACAUACAUAAAAAUGACCGACUUAGUUGUAUAUUAAUAUCACAUUGUUUGGAAAGCACAUUUCAUUUGAUAAAGGAUCACCACGUUUGUAAACACGAAAUAACCAUGUAACUUAAAUGUGUGUCGGACGUUGUCGAGUUACGCGGCGAUCACCUAUUUAUAUUUUGUAUUUGUCACAGCAACAACAACAACAAAAAAGUUCCAGAAACAAAGUUUAUCUGCAGUGUUCUUUCUAAAGGCGAUGAAGUACCUACACGGUGUGGGACGGCCCCUGCAUCUCCGAAACCAGACACUCUGGACGGGGGGGGGGGUCAAAGGUCAGACAGAGAUUUGAUGGGAUAGACCAGAGACGGCAGUGUUUAAUAAGAAGAGUUCCUUCGUUUUUCUUCUUCUCGAUGCAUUCAGAACCCGAGUUACCGCCAAAACCCUGAUCCCUCCUUCUCCGGUGGUGCGUUUUUAAAGAGAAAUAUUCAGUCAGUGAGCAUGAAGAAAAACUGUACAGAUGUUUAUAUUCUAUUCUUUCCAAGUGCCAGUUUUUGUGGUGUCAUUUGGAUAGUAACUAAUUCAUUCAUGUGCAAGGUGAGAGUACAGGGAGGACGAGUGGAUGUGGAUGUACAAGGCCAAAAUAAUAGAAUUGCAUCACACUGUACAAAACUAAAAACAUCAUGUUUGGUCAUAUAGUAUAUAUUUUUACAACGCUUUAGGGGGUGGGGGGCAGUUGAGAUAAAGAAAAGCAGAUAAGAGAUACAGAAUCAUAUUACUACUUUCUCUUGCUCGGUGAGACUGCACACUCAACCCAGUGAGAAUGGGUCCGGUCUCCUUUUUCCAGCCCCAGUCGGUCAGGGAGGCAGAAAGAGAAUCCAAUCCGAGUCGGUAUCACUUGUGCGUCAUCAAGGCGAAUGGCAUGUGCCUGCAUCGAAGUCCGAUUUGUUUUUUUCUUUGUGGCGUAUGUGACUUUAUAAAGCUUGCAUAUUUUACACAGUGUUUACAAAGAUGUAUGUUGUGGUAAAAAUCAAUAAACUACACACAAAAAAAAAACAACUUACUGUAUAAAUUUUAAUUUUCAGAAGUUAAAAAAAAAAAAAAAAAAAAAAAAGUUAUAACAAUACCCAGAAUCCCUUUUGUGUGUCCUCAGAAGUGUGUGAUUUCAUUGGACGAUACUGAACCCUUGCAACAAAGACCCAUACGACUGUCUAUUCCUGGCUGCACGUGGCAGUACCACAACCAAAGGAUCUGGAGGUGUAUUUACAUGCAUUCAAAAGUGUGUGGGGGGGGGUGGAUGUACAGCGUGUUGUACAUUUACAAACGAAAGAGCCAAGCAAACUGUGCUGUAAAUGAAAUGCAGGACACGGACAUGCAUCGAAUCAAACAAGCCUACCUGUGUAGAUAGAACUGAUUCAAGACCGUCAAAAUAAAGUAACUGUACUACUCAGUAGCAGAUGUGUUUGUACCUAUCAUGUGCCUUAACCUUUUCCAUGCUAGAUAAAAGAUAAGUGUGUUUUAUAUAACUCUAUUCCUUCCUUUCAACUGGCAUCUCUUCAUUCUGUCUGUUCACCUCUCCCCCUUCACCUCCUGUGUCACCCUCCCUCUCUUUUUCCUCCACUCAAAUCACUCAUUCAUUCAUUCAUCCUGCACUCCCUCCCUAACCCCACCCCACCCUUCCCAAAACCCUAAGUAGUGUAGACUGUUGGUGGGUUUCUGCCUUGUAUUACAUUGUAUUAUAACCUUUUAAAAAGAUAGUCAUUCAAAAUAAGGGUUUUGAUUUCCUAGAAGUUGUUAAUGCUUUCGUAGCGAGCAGAAGCGAUGCCACAGUGACAGAAUGUAUCAUAUUAAUUUUACUAAUACCCAGAGGCAAAUAUUACGCUUGUUAAACAUAACGGAAAAAUACUGGUUUGUAGAGUAUAAAUUUGGUGUGUUUUCAAUAAAUCAUGCCUGGAAAGAA